AUGCUGUUGCUAAAAAAGCUAUUCAUAAUUGUUGUCCAAUGAGCUCUUUAGGGCUCGUUUGUUUGAGUCGUUUGGUACGAAAUGACUCGAUUAAAUGACUCGUUUGCUAAAGAAAAAAAAAAUGUAAAAUACACUUGUAUAGUCAAAACUUUAGCGUUUGUGCCAAUAAUAGCCAAAUUUGGCGAAAUACCACUUGUAGCCACUUCCGUCCAAUUCUUUAACGCUGUUAGCGUUAUGUGUGACUGGCCAAACGAAAACGCUUACGUGGCGAGCUCUUAUUUCUCUUUUCCUCUCUAAUUGUCCAUGUGGAUAAUAAUUAAUUAAAAAAAAUUUAAAGCAACAAAAAACAAGAACCCCUUGUUUGACCCACCCACUUUUCCCUCUGUCUUAUCCUCUUCUUCGUACGCCCACCCCUUCUGAGAAAGACGCAAUCGACGAACCCCCUGAUAUUCCUUCCUCCACCAUCGAUCUACCCCCUCUUCCAGUCCCGAUUCUUCUCCAUUACUCUCUUAUGUCUGAGCUCAUCUUCAUCGGAAGCUAGCUCUUGGCCAUUCGAACCAAUCAUUCCUCUUGGCCAUUCGAACCAACCAUUCAUGGCAUCACUAAGCUUCGCGCCCCAACCAUUCAUGAUCUGUACAGAAUCGGCGGCGCGGGUCGGUCUCUACAACUUCAAGCUCGUGGUCGACGCCGACGGUGAGAAUGGAAGCACGGCAGCGGAGACAGAUCUGAGCGUGAUGGUGAAUGGAUUGCAGAUGCCUAAUCCGUUCGUGAUCGGGUCCAGUCCCCUCGGGACCAACUCUCUGUCUUUCUUAAUCUCUUUUGUCUUCUCCACCGCCAUUCAACUUCCUUCUUCCUUCUUCCUCCUCCUUUUAUUCUCCGAUUCUUCUUGUAUACCUCUCCAAUUACGAAGCCAUCGUCUCCUUCUUCCCCGAGCUCCGCCGCACUAACCCCUUCCAAGGCCAUCAUCUCCUUCUUCAGCGAUUCCAGAUUUUGAAUUUCAGUAAGGCCUAGUGGGUCUGGCAGUGGCGGGCAUUUGUGGGUGGGUUUCGCGGAGGAAGGCGGAAGGCGAACCGAGACCCGGAAUCAACUAAAAACCCUAAAAGGAACUCCACAUCCAAACCCAGAUCUGAUCCGACGACCUGAGUCUCGCGGUCGGGUUUAUCUCUUGAGUUUGAGAUUUACAGGUGGCGGCCGCAGCUGUGAAAUCGCUACAGUUAUGUGUGCUCCGGCGGGCUUGUUGCGCGCAGUAGAGAAACAGAUUGGGUGACAGCCAGAGUGUGAAGUGCUUGAACCUUGAAAUGGAUGGGUGAGAGACCCAGGUCGCUGGAUUAGAUAUGGGAAUGAGAAUUUUUUGGAGAUUUGGAAAAGAUUUGGAAGAUUGAAACUUCAAGCUGGAUUUGGGUUCUAUAAAUGGUUAGAAAUCGCCGGUGCAGAAAGGGUACAAAUUUAAUACAUUUUUUAAAGAAAAAUACAUAUAUGGGGUAUAUGAGGGUGGGGAAAUAAAUUAAUAUUUUUAUUAAUUUAUGAUGUGUAAUUAUUAAAUAAAUUUAAAUUAUGACGUGUCACUUUUUGCUUAUCUGGCGCUUAUGUGUGUGUUGAGUGGGAGCCUAAUCAGCAAACCGUCAAAAAAGUUGACGGUGUCACUACCACUGUUAAAGUAUUUAACGGAAAUGGCUAGAUUUGUCAUACAACAAUUACAAAAACUAGCUAUAAGUGGUAUUUCUCCAAAAUCGGCUAUUAUUGUCACAAACGCGAAAGUUUUGGCUAUCGAAAUGUAUUUUGCCAAGAAAAAACGCACGAAUUAUUUUGUCAAUGUGAAAGUCCCAAAUGAUUCUAUUGAGUCAUUUCCAAAUAACUCAUUAUUUAGUCCAAAUGUUCCUAUAAUGUCGUUGCCUAUUUUAUGUAAACCCACUUCUAUCCUUCUCUUUCUAUUAUUUGUUUUCUAUGUCAUUGAUCCGUCUCCUCUCGUAAUUAUUUUUUCUUUCUCCCAAAUUUCAUUAGGGACGAAGAGUCAUCUAUGUAACGGCACAUCAUUUCCGUUCACAAACACUACCAUUUGUAAUUAGCUUAAAAUUCAAGACUUAUGGAGGCGUUAUCUUUUAUAAAAAAAAAGUCAACAUAUAAUUAUUAUUUAAAGUUAGAAAGUAGUAUUAUACAUGGUAAACACCCAAAUAAUAUGUUUUGUUGGUUGCAAGAUGAUUUUGUUUAUGUGGUUGGUUUCAUUAGAAUAGGAAACAAAAUAACAAAACAUAUUAAAUGUAAGGGCAAAUGGUAACAUUAUAGAAAUGACUCGUUUAAAAUGAUUCAUCUAAAAACUUUUAAACAAACAAUGCAUUUGUAAUGCCUACAUUCCCAAAUAUCUACAUUUCUCAAAUGUCUACAUUUAGACAAAUGACUCGUUUUGUAAAUGACUGAUGCAAACGAUCCCUUACUCUCUCAAUUAAAGAAAAUAUAUAGGGAACGGCUAGGGUGCUAACUUUAUUGAGGUUAGCACCGUACUAAUUAUUUUAAUCAAUAUCCAUUAUUUUAAAUAAAACCUAAAGGUGGAGAGUAGGUGAAGGGUAUUUUUGGUAUUUGCAAAAUUUCAAUAAAUAUAUUAAAAAUUUUAAAAUUCUCUGUCCUCCCUCUGUUGGACAUCCGUAAAAUAAUUACUACUAUUAAUAUUUGCAACCAUUAAUAUUUAAAUUAGUAGUGAUUUAAGAUAGUGAUUUUCUUGGUUUAUGGUAGUGAUUUCAUAAUUUUAGUAGUGAUUUCAUGAUUUUCACUAGCAAUUUUAUUAUUACUAGUAACAAUUUUAAGUAGUGGUUACUGAUGAUUUUUUAAUAAGAAUCGCUACUGAAAAAUGAAGAAAACACUACAAAUUAACAAAUACUACAAUAAGUAGACAGAAUAAUACUAAUAGCUUACAAAAAUCAAUUCUCAUUACAAUCAAAUUACUACUAAUCCAUAUAAGAAACACUACUACACUAUUACUACUAAUCAAAAUCGGAAAUCGCUACGGAUCUUUACAAUUGACAACGCAAAUAUGAGAACAGGAAGGGGGAGGGCGCAUGCAGAUUUGAUUACGGGAUUUGCCUUCAGGGGCAUAUCUCUUUGUAAUUAAAAUCACUACUCUUGGUAAUCAGAAAGAAUAAUCAAAGUCAAUACUAUUGGUAAUCAAAAUCACUACUCUCGGUUGGGGUUUGCUUCAUGUUAUGUCUGGUUGAAGGUGAAAGAACUCUUUGGCGGCGGCAUCAAGAGCUUGUAUGUUGGGAGGCGGUAACCUGCACGGAGGUUACUAAAUUAGUUAGCAUAGUGCUAACUCCUUAACGAGUUAGCACCUAAUCCUAUUCCAAAUAGUACAAUACUUGUUGUCUCCUCUUAUGUAAGAAUAGUAACUCGAGUUGGUUUAUUGUAUCAUUUUCUAACACAUGUUUUUCACAUAAAAUGGCAAUUCAUGAAUUAAAAUUUAUAUAAAUUAAAUCAAUCAUAUAUCAUCUUCUUAAUCAAACGAUUAAUAUUGACAACGACGGAGAUUUGAAUUAGGAGAUCAACCUCUUCAUCAAAAGCUCAAAUUUCACGUCUCCCGAACCGGUUCAUCAUCUCAAACAGUUUGAGCUGUUGGUUGGGAGAUCCCUUAAUCCAAAACUAAUCAUUUUCAUCGUUUUCUGACAAAGAAUCCAGUAGCAUCAGACACCAUGUGUUUACCAAUGCGGUUAUCGGGAUUUGAACACAAGACCAUUCGGUCACAGAAGGCUCUGAUACCAUGUCUAGAGCCAGUUGGUCCCAAUAACUCGAGCUAUUGGGAGAUGUUCAAUGGUGGAUCAUAUACCAUUUACUAACACACACCCUCAAACGAAAGCCACCAUAUAUGGGCUUGAAGUUUGCAUAGGUUCGGACAACAUGUGCUUAACAGAAACAAAUUGAGUUAUUGGGAUUCCAACAGAAUAUCUCUCGCUGUCAGAUGGGGAUCAUAUACUUAGGGAUGGCAACAUAACCCGAACUCACAGGUACCCGACCCGACCCAACCCGAUCAACGCGAGUAAAAUCCUUGUUGACGGGUUUUGGGCCGGGUUCGGGUUUAAACCCGUUCACUAUUCAUUGGGUUGGGACGUUGGGUCUGGGUUUAGGUAUACCCGUCGACACCCAUAUAAUUAAUUUUCCCGGUAUAUUUAAUAUUCAAAGCAACUAAUCUUCUUUAUGUUUGUGGAGACAUGUCUAAUUUUUUCUUUCUAAUUGUGUAGAAUGAAGUUGAUAUUAUAGAGUGGAGAGUGAAGGAGUUUAAUUUACAAGUAGGAAGAAGUUUUCAAUUAAUCAUGUUGUUUAUGGAUAAUUUGUGAUUUGCUUCAAUUUUCUUGAGUUUUCUAUAUUGGUGUUGAACAAUUUGUAUGGUUCAUUUGUGAUUUGCUUGAAUUUUCUAGAAUAAUGUUUUAUAUAUGUAUAAUUUGUAUUGAGAGAUUGAUAUUUGACUUUUAUUUUGAUAGGAACUUGUUAUUAUAAAUUUUUUACGACAAAAACCUAUGAUUACUAAUGAACCCGCGGAUGCCCGAUAAAUCAAAGAUGAUCAUAUCUACAUAUACAAUUUACUAACACUUCGUAGAGCUACAACUCAUAAUGCCAGAAAUAUCUUCCCUAGUAAAUCAAAGAUGAUCAU